GUCUGUUUCCCAUGCAUGGAAACUCUUGUACGUCCAAUAGUCAGACGAACAAUGGGACGAUUGCAAAGAGGCCAAUUACUGGUGGACAUAAUAACUCCCGUAAUAACAGUGGAAGUGGAGCAGUUAGGCCAAAUGGUUGGGGCUUAACAAGUCUGCCCUCCCCCAAUGGCUUGCCGAUAUCGACUUCAUCUGGAAUAGCAACUUCUUGCAGCAACUCUUCGGCAUCAUUAAAUUUAAGUGGAAAGCAGAAUAAUUGGUCAGGUCCAAGUGUCAGUCCAAAUUCCAGCUCCGGAACAAGUCUUUGGAAUCAAACUAUGGUGCAGCAAAGUCAUUUAAAGUCAGGCUCAACUAGCAGUGGGCAGAGCCUAGGAAAUCCUGGGAUUGGCGGUGGUUGUAAUUUAUUAGGUAAUGGAAAUAUACGUCCGUCCUUAAACAACACUACUGGUUCUACAGGCUUGUCUAAGCCGAAUAACAAUUGCUUGUCAAACCUCUAUACAAUGUUUCCAAAGCGUCCGCAGCAUCGUAUGAUGGCUCAUUGGCAGCAACAGCAGCAGCAUAUUCUGCAUCAGCAACAAAGCCAUUCUUCGAGUAAAUCACUAAACAGCUCAAACAUUUAUGAUAUCAUCAAUACCGAUGCAAAUUCUGUUUCUUCCAUUGGAGGUCCUUCUAAUCAUAGUGGGCCAGGCAGCGCAUCCAAUUACUCAAUACUUCAUCAUUCUUUCGGGGCAGGCAAUAACAGCAAUAAUGCUAUUAACAACAAUUUGGCUUCAUCUUGUAUUACUUCUCCAUUAGUAAUGGGAAACGCUCUGGACACUUUCUCACAGAUAGGAAUAGGCGAUAGUUCUUCAUCAUUGGAUACCUUCAGGUUUGGUUUUGACCAACAACUAAUGGAUGUAAUCAAGUCUUUUGAUGCGAGCGGUAUUGAAGCUGGUGGUAGCGGCUCUUGCUCUAGUAAUAGUGGUCUAGCAAGCCUAACAGGAAAUAUGAGUAUUGGUGGAAACAAUUCCAUAAAUUCUGGUCUGGAUGAAUCGUUGGCUAACCUCGCUGCUAGUCUUUCAGUCAAUGAUCAUCCACCUCAGUAUGGAUCAGGACUGGGUUCAACUGGCACUAAUAGCAAUAAUACCUCAAUCAAUCUGGGACCAUCAAAUCCAUAUGCAUUCCUAAGCAGCAUGCCUGCUCGUGAGGAGGGCUAUUCGAGAAAGGUUUUCGUUGGUGGUCUCCCGCCCGAUAUUGAUGAAGGUAUUAUAUUGCUUUACUUUCAGCUAAAUUCCUUUUUUGAUACAAAUUUAAAUGCAUGUUUCAUAUCUUUAAAUGUAUAUACAUAUAUUUCAGAGGAAAUAACCACAGCUUUCAGACGCUUUGGACCUCUCAUAGUAGAUUGGCCUCAUAAAACGGAAAGCAAAGCUUAUUUCCCACCCAAAGGUAAACGAAAAUGUUACCCAUUUGAAUGUUUUCUUUCCUAUUUAUGUGAGAAAUCUAUAUCAAUUUUUUCUAUUCACUUACUUUUAUAUUGUUGGGUAAAGGCUUCCUGCUUAAGCGACAUUUUUUCCUUGUUUGCAGGCUAUUGCUUUCUUUUAUUUCAAGAUGAACGCUCAGUUCAAAGUCUUAUAAAUGCAUGUAUUGUGGAUGAGGCAAAGUACUACUGGUGUGUUUCCUCACCUACAAUGAAGGAUAAA